UCGAAUUUACAUAACUCGUAUACUAUAUAUUUUUUUGUUACAAGAAGUUUUUUUUGGCUUUUAAUUCAUCUCGAGAAGAUACAUUAUUAAAAAGCACAGCACUAAGUUUAUCACAUAGUUUAUCAUUCCACAGUUUUCGGAGAUACUUAUUUAUAGUUUUCUUUAAUACUUUUAGUAAUGUAUAAAGCAGUACUAAGGACAAUAAGCGACGAAACUUGGUGGAUUUUACUUGCUUGUGUUUGCGCAAUCAUUUGGAACUCCAACAGCAAUGAUUAUUACUAUUACAUAGCUCCCGAUUUCCAUAAUGAUACUGCCGGAUAUGUCACAGAAUACCCUGUUAUAUUGUGGAGCAAACACAGCACCGAACACUAUAUCCAACUAGCAGCGGACUACAUAGCUGUAUGCGGUAAAUUAAAAUGCACCGUCGCAAGAUAUUCCGAAGAAAUUCAACAAAAUGUGAACGUAGCUUAUAUAUUCGAUCCGCACACAUGGAGUCCGCAUAUUCCAUUGGUACCACCACAUCCAGCAAUUGCAAUUAGGGGUUUGUUUCUUACCGAAUCACCGACAUUUUGUGUCGAAUGUAUGGACGAAAGAACAAUAAGAUCAUUUAAUUUUUCAAGCACGUAUAGUAGAUACAGUGACGUACCGUUUCCCUUGCAAUGGAUACAGUCUUUGGACAAUAUAACAAGCAAGAAAUAUUACAUUGACAUUGUAAAGAAAAACACUUUCCUUAAGGAGAUAUCCCCAAUUCUGUACCUACAAUCGCACUGCUUAACAUCCACUGAACGGGAUUUGUAUGUUCAAGAACUCAUUAAAUAUCAAACGAUAGACUCAUUCGGGGCUUGCUUGAAUAACAAAGAGAUACCACUUAAUCUUAGACGUGACAGCUUUUACAUGUCGAAAUUAUAUUCAGAAGAUAUACUUAAAUUCAUUGCAAGGUACAAAUUCGUGAUAGCAAUAGAGAAUAGUGUUUGUAAUGAUUAUGUGACUGAGAAGUUCUGGCGAGCGAUACAUGUUGGUGUGGUUCCUAUCUACUUUGGCUCACCCUCUAUAAGAGACUGGUUUCCAAACAAAAAAUCAGCAAUACUACUCGAGGACUUUCCGUCGCCAAAGUUACUGAGCACUCACAUUGAUAAAUUAAUGCGAAAUGAUGACAUGUACGAGGAGUAUCUAGAGCACAAAACAAAAGGAAUAAUUACAAAUAAAUAUCUCAGAAAUGAGAUCAAAGCGAGGCCGUAUCAGACUGAUAUAACAUUAAUUAUUGAGAAAUUCACUUGUUUCCUGUGUGAGAAACUGCAUGGCAUGAACGACGGACCAGCGCCACAUCGCGUUAUUAACGAAAGCCAUUUCAACUGUCCUUUGCCGAGGUCAGCUUUAACACAAAGGGUAAAUCCAGUAAAUCCAUGGGUAAGUUAUACCAGAAGCAUCAUACGGAACUUGACAAGAAUUUAGCCAGGUUUCCAUAAGUUAAUACGGAAACAGUCAACUCUAGUUACUUGAAAUAUAAAGGACUCCGCAGACAGUAGGGGUCCCUUGUUCGAGUUUUGCGUUCUUUGUAAUUGAAUGCGCUCGAAGACUUGGUAUAGAAGGCGUCCCGACCGGACCGUGUGUGCAUGGGAUUUAAUCAAUAGGAGUGAACGCAAGUAGAGUACUUGUGAUCGCUUAUUUCUUUUAGUAUUUAGCAUCUGUAGCUCGAGCAUAUUAUUUGUAUUAUGCCUCUAUUUAAAACGAAAGGGAAAUAAUAACCGCUUAUCUCUAUCGAUUUACUUAACCACGUACAUACAGGCAUUAUAAUACAGACAUUCUAUGUUUAUACGUUUAGGGAAAAUCUUUCGUUUUGAAUUAACUCUAGGGUUUUGUCUUACAAAUUCAAUAUAUACAAGGUAGAUUUCAGUUGGUAAUCGCAUUCAUGAGUACAAACAGUGAGUAAAAAUUAUAUUUUCCUGUCCAAAUUUUUAUGGGAACUAAUUUUUU